GUUUUAGUGCUGAACUGACAGGUGGCGCACUUAGUGUUUCUGCUCACGCUAACAUGGUACGUUUUCUGUCUUAGUAUUAACGUUGACUUACUCUAUUGUUUGUUUGUUAAUUAUUAUAAAUUAAGUUUCAAGUACUUAUCAUGCUGCUUUGUGUUUGACAUGUGACAAAUUUAUACCAUAUUUGCCAGUGUAAAGACAACUUGAUAGUAAAUAACUUUCCUCAAUUAGUGUAGGUGUCAGGGAAAUUGGUUUUUAACUGUCUUGAAGUUUGCUACACGCUUCGGCAUCACAACUGCUUGCUGAGGACUUCAAGCCUGGUUCAGCUGAUUAUGUGUGUUAGGAAGUCAAAGCUCUAAGCAAUUCGUGCAACUCUCGACUGAUUCGUCAAACCGUUAGACUAGUUAGAUGCCAAGAGAAUUUCCUCCAACUUUCUAUAAAGACGACACUAGCCUGGGCUGCCACAUUUUGGAAAUAAUGUGGUUAGCUAUCUUCUGCCAUGAACUUCCGAGGCUUCUUAAAUUACAAGCCUGUAGUAAGCAUCCGUAGCUGGUUCCAUACUAAGUUUCAUUGUUUGAUAUUCUUACCUGGAUAGCGGUUUCUUUUGAUUUUAUAGGCUGUCACAAGGCCUAUUGUCAACGUCUAUGGAGUUAACGGGACACCUUCAGGUUCUACCAUAAAGAUGCCGGCCGUCUUCACUACUCCGCUUCGCUUGGACAUCCUAAACUUCGUCCAUGACCAAAUGCGUAAAAACUCAAGACAACCGUAUGCAGUCAGUUCAAAGGCUGGCCACCAGACAUCUGCUGAGUCUUGGGGUACAGGCAGAGCAGUUGCUCGUAUACCUAGAGUAAGAGGUGGUGGUACACAUAGAUCAGGUCAAGGUGCAUAUGGAAAUAUGUGUCGCGGUGGUCAUAUGUAUGCCCCUACAAAGACGAUGAGACGGUGGCAUAGAAAGAUAAAUAUUCAGCAGCGACGAUACGCUAUAUGCUCUGCUAUCGCUGCCACUGGAGUACCAUCGCUAGUCAUGGCUCGUGGACAUCGCGUUGAUCGUGUUCCCGAGCUGCCCCUUGUUCUGUCGAAAGAGGUUGAAUCGCUAAAGAAGACAAAAGAUGCAGUUAAGGUGCUUAAAGCAAUCCGAGCCUGGCCAGAUAUCCAAAAAGUUUACAAUUCUCAGAGAUUCCGUGCUGGAAAAGGUAAAAUGCGAAAUCGGAGACGAAUUCAAAAGCGCGGCCCAAUAAUAAUUUAUAAAAAGGAUGAUGGAAUAUCUCGCGCCUUCAGAAACAUCCCGGGUAUCACUUUGAUUAAUGUCAGGGCUCUCAAUCUUCUCAAGCUAGCUCCCGGUGGCCACAUGGGACGUCUGGCCAUUUGGUCAGAUGCAGCAUUCCGUCAAUUGGACAAGCUUUAUGGCACGCGUAAAACAGGCAGUGUUAAGAAGUCUGGUUUCCAUCUCCCUAUGGCAAAGAUGACCAAUGCAGACCUUGGUAGACUUCUACAUUGUCGUGAAGUCUCUUCUGUCCUGAAAUCUAGACGUAUGCAUAUGCAACGUCCAGGUCCUAAAGUUAAGAAGAACCCGUUAAAGAACCAGCAAGCCUUACUGAAACUGAAUCCGUUUGCUCUUGGAGAAAAGCAUUUCAAAAUGGCCCUUGCACGUGCUAUUAAGAACGGAAAACUUAAACGAAAAGCUGCUAACAAAGUUGACGAGGCUCCUUCAAAGAAGGUUAAAUCUGUGGAAGUAAAAUAAUGUUUAAAAAUACAAUUGUGAUGAUGGCAUCAUAUUCUGAAUUCAUAGAUGGUUGUCUGAUAUUGCAUUGAUGCUGUUUGUAUUUGCCAGUCGGUCAACUCUGUUCAUAGUAUUGUAUGUUGCGCAGGAUAUUGGAUUGCCUAUCACUUAGUAUUAAUGAGCUUUAAAAAUCGUGAGAUUGAGUUACACCAAGCAUAACAAUAGUAUUUUGGUAUGACGUGGUUCUUAAUGGGUAGACUUCCGGAUUAAAUUGUGGUCCUUGGUAAGCAGUGUUCA